UAUACAGUCAUAUAGCUUCAUAGAUACAGACAAACACACACAGACUCACAUCAGUACAGAGCUGCUGCACAUCUACCACAGUGUGUGAAGAUGAUGGUGAAGAACGACAUGGAGCGUCUGGGCGUCUUUAAGGAGAUGAGCUACAUCUCUGUAGGAGACAAGUUCACUCCGUCCACCAACCGUCCUUUCAACGAGUCGGCCUAUCGGAGCCGGCAGAUGCAGGCGGGGAUCUCUAAACAGCGAUGUGCUCUUCAGAACGGCUUCUUUGACAAAUCCUUCAAACGGAUAUUUGAGCGUGAAGCUCUGAGUGACCCGCUGAGACUGGCCCGGCAGAACCGCAUCCAGCAGGCCAAGAAGAACCUGGGCAAGACCUUCCUGCCCUGCAACGGGGUCAAGAAGACCUGUGGUUCAGGGAGUUACUAUGGGACUCUGUCAGGACCAGUUGAAGCCAUGAGUCCACUGGCAGUCGCCCGGAAACCUCAUCAGCCUCCUGGACGCAACAUCGUCACCUCUCCCCCCAAGAAAGGCAGCGGUUACAGUUAUCCCAACGUGACUCUGUCCAAACUGGAGCUGUACGCCUCCGACCCCUACAGCAGAGCCAGAGAACUACUGAAGAGGGAGACAGAAAUCCACCGGUCCAAGUUAAGAGACGGUCCCUUCAAACUCAACCUCCACCCCAAAGAUUAUUUCCAAGGCAACCCGUACCGCAGCGACAAGCCGGCUCCCCCUGCACCCAAGAGCCUCCCCGCUGCUCAGAGGAGCCCUGCAGCCCCCUUCAAGCCCUCGUCACCCAGCAAAAAGAUUGGAGGAAUGAAAGCGGGGACAUUUGACAGCUAUCCCUUACAUUCUGCUGAUCCUUACGUCCACCGCCGCUCCAAGACGACCAACCCAGAGCCGGUCUUCCGUCCUUCUCCUGGUCCUAAGAGCACGCCUGUCAAGAGCAUCAUCACCGUCAACGUUAACAGAAGUGUGAACUCUUCAAACUACUCCUCAACCAUUCCAGCUGUGAUGACCUUCUGAUGACAGAACACAAACUGCACCAAUACUGGAUGACUUUAGCUAUCAGCCAUUGGAUUCCUACAGAUAUUUAGCCUUGAAAAAGAUCCAUCCCAGUAUGGGUGAUACAGCUUUAGCCAUCUUCAGAGGCUGAGAACUUUCCCCCUUUUUUCCCUUUUCUCUUUAUAAGGCUGCUGUAAUGCUCUGAAGUCACACAGGAACACACCAGAGCUCA